AUGGUUUAUGGAUUUGAUGCUCGUGUCCAUAACAACGACAGAAAAUCGUUGAAACUUCCGGCAUUAUAUGGCGACUGGAUUAAAACAUUCAACUACCCGGAUAAGAAUGCUGUCAUCCGCACUGUCGAUGGGAGGAUUUUUAAAGUAAAAAUUAUUAAGAUUGCAGGCGACUACUUUCUUUAUAACGGGUGGCUUGAUAUGGUCACUUCUUUGAAGUUACCAUCAUCUGCCUGGGUGGUUUUCCAAUUUGAAGAAGCUUUAUCUUCAUUUCGUCCCAUCUACUUUUAUCAAGAUAUAAAUCUUGCGCCGUCUGAGUAUUUCUACUACCAACCUGGAAAUCCUUGGGACCGUGAUAAUUGCAUGUAUGUGAGUAGGUUGUUUGUUCAUCACAAGAUGCUUGAUACUUGUCCGUAUUAUCCUGUUGUGGUACGUUCGUCUGGUAAUCGUAAAUGGUUCGUCCGUAUGGAUAUUUUUGACAAUGAUAUCUAUAUUACAACUGGUUGGAAUCGAAUCAAGAAGGAGAUGUCUAUUACUGAUCAUCAUUUGGUCGUUUUUGAAAUGCUUGAUUUGAGGACCUAUGAGAUGAGUGUUUUCUGUUGCAAACCUACCCUAUUAACUCUACCACCAGAACUUUGUGUUGUCAAAAAAGAACCUACAAAUGAGGUGAUUGAUAUUUAUGAUGAUGAUUUGCCUAAUCCCAUUCCGGUAGUUGGUGUCGAAGAAAAUACGGAUGAUGAAGUACCGGUUGUAUUUCGCGUGGACAAUCAUUAUCGACUAAAAAAGAAGUGGGCACAAUUGCACGGUUUGGAUCGUAAGAGGGAUUUGAUUAUUAAGGACUCUGCUGGUUUGACUUGGGACGUGUCCAUUGGUGUCGAGCACUCUGAAGGAUAUCCGCGCUAUAACGUGACUGGUAUGAAGAAUUUUGUUCGAGACAAACAGUUGGUCAGAGGUUCCGAGUUUCAUAUGGUUUAUGUCAAAAGUAAAGGUAUGUUGAUUUACCGUUGA